AUGGCGCUCCAACAAUGCCAACUCUCUGUUGUCCUACUAAUUGGGGCCUUCAUCAAAUUCUUCAUCUUCGGCGAGGCUCCACCACCUCCAUCGCGCGGCCUGUCCAACCGGACAACCCACCGCCGCUACAGCUCCGUCUACAGCCCGCAAGAUGGCCAAAAGUCUCUCCGAGAAAAGCCGUCCACCUCCAAUGUCCUUCGCCCUGUGCCGGCCUCCUCUACAAACACACGCUCGAUCCUUCGCAAAACCUACUACAGCUCCAUUCCUACAAAUCCCUCCUCCAAACAUGGCCGCCACCGCAUGCACCACUCCUCCCACCAGCCUGAAUCUCUGGAUUGGUUCAAUGUGCUGAUUGCACAGACAAUUGCGCAAUAUCGACAGACGGCAUACUUGCUCAAAGAUUCGCCAACAUCCUCGAUUCUGAACUCCCUGACCGCGGCGAUGAACAACCCCGAGAAGAAGCCGUCCUUUAUCGAGAAAAUCAAUGUGACGGAUAUCUCGCUUGGCGAGGAGUUCCCAAUUUUCAGCAACUGCCGAAUUAUCACGGUAGAUGAUCCUAACUCGGACGGCGGGAGGUUGCAGGCAUUGUUGGAUGUCGAUUUGAGCGAUGACAACCUCUCCAUCGCUGUAGAGACUCAAUUAGUCUUGAAUUACCCCAAACCACGUUCGGCCAUUCUUCCCGUCGCAUUAUCUGUUUCAGUUGUGCGAUUCUCAGGAACCCUAUGUAUCUCGCUGAUUCCCGCAGCAACGGAGCCUCUUCAUACUCCUGCGACAUCACCCACGCCGCCUACAGAUGGAGCCGCAAGACCCAACAACUCCCCAGAUGCUUCAGAUACUGGCGCUGCGCAUGACCAAACCCCGCCCAAGAGCAGUCCCAAAAGCAAUGUCGCAUUCUCGUUCCUCCCUGACUAUCGACUCGAUCUUUCCGUGCGUUCACUUAUUGGGUCUCGCAGCAGAUUGCAGGAUGUCCCCAAGGUAGCUCAACUCGUUGAGGCCCGGGUACAUGCCUGGUUCGAGGAGCGUGUCGUCGAGCCACGAGUGCAGGUUGUCGGGCUCCCUGACCUGUGGCCACGCAUGGGCCGGACCGGCGUGCGGACAGGCGAAGACUCCGACGCAGGGUCUACUGCGCCGCCACGUAGUGCCGGCUCCACAGAAGCUGGAGGGCCAAUCCGGUUCUCCGACGAUCAUGUUCGCGAACAAGAGGGAUUGCGCUUUCGUGGGGGGUUGGACGCACGAUUAGGACUUGGUGCGGGCUCGCGCAGCAGCAGUUUUAACGUGGACAUGGGCGGCUUGCGAAGUUCAAGUAUGACCAGGCAAGACAGUGCCGGCGCUGCAAGCGACCAGCUCGAGAUGCCUGGUGCCAUGCCGGGUGGUGUUCCCGGGGUCCGAAACUGA